AUGGGGCGCUGGUCCCCCAAGUGUGGCUCCCAGCAUGUGGCUGGUGGGCCAGGUAGAUUGUCAUAUAAGCAGCAGGAGACCAGGCUGGCCCGCCAUGCUGUCCGCCUCCACAGGCUGCUCCUCACCUGGCCGCGGGGGACCGCCGCCCGUCCAGGUCAGCACCUCACAGCACUGACGCCAGGCAGUGAGCCACCCUGUGCUGUCCUGGGGGCUGAGGAGGCCCCUCCACAACUUCUAACAUCACUGGGGGUGGGGGGCCCAGACUCCCAGCAGAUUGCCCCAUCACCACACCGCACACCCCAUGGAGUCAAGCAUGACCUGGGCAGAGCCGGCUCAGAAGCUGUCAGCAGUCCUGACAUCUGA